AUGCGUCUGCAAACAGCCGCGGAUGAAAUCUGCUACAAAACCUUCCCCAUGUUUCUGAAGGGAAAUGCUCGGCUCUGGUUCCAGGAUCUGGCACUAGGGUCUAUCCGAAGUUUUCCCGAACUGGCUAAGCAGUUCGUCGCCCAAUUCGUCUCUUCGAAAACUUAUUCGAAGAACGUGACCCACCUGAUGGCGAUCAGGCAGAAGUCGGACGAGUCACUGAGGAAUUUCAUGACCCGCUUCAACACGGAGAGCCUGCAGAUCAGGGACAAGAACGAAAAGAUGGUCAUGGCCGCCUUCAUGAACGGGUUCAGGGCAGAGGAACUCUUCUACAAGCUAGCCGAGAAGCCUCCCGGAGACCUGGAGGAGUUCUUGACCAGGGCGCACGCGGCCGCUAAUGUAGAGGAGGCGGCCCGCCUGAAGAGAGAAUCAGAUCGGGAGCUCGGAGAUCGGAGAGAACAGGGAAACCCCCCGAGAACAAGGAUGGACCGGCCAAGAAGAACGUCUUUGACCGGCUUUCGAAGGAGAAAGCCCCGUUCCGCCACUGCUUCCGGAGAAAGGCUACACCCCCUGACUCGGCCCCGAGCCCAGAUCCUAGCCGUCAUGGAGGCGGAGGGCCUGGGAGAACGGCCGCCUAAGAUGGGGACGCCUCGCAAAAAACGGAACCAGAACCGGUACUGUGCCUUUCACCGUGACGUCGGGCACGACACAGAGGGGUGUUGGGCCCUGCGGAGAGAGAUCGAGGAUCUGAUCCAGCGCGGCUUCUAG